AUGUACUUUAGAUACUGUCUAGUGUUAUUAUACAUAACAAAUAUAAAAGCAAGAAUGGUAUGGAAAGAUGUAAAAGAAUUUAAAGGAAUUGCUGUUGGAUCAUAUAAAGGUGUGAAUAGAAUGGUAUCUCCACAUAACUCUUCGCAUCCUACAAACUCAUAUGCCAUUAGCAAGAUUGGUGAAAUAUAUAACCUAAGCAGAUUUGGUUGUCAAGUAGAGAUGAAAUAUAAAAUGGAAGUUACAGCUAGUGAAUCUGGCAAUAAUGUCUAUAAAUGCAGUAAAACAACUGAUAAGAAUGGCAUUCGUGGUUUAGAAAAUAACCAACCUCCCUUUCCAAAUAUAUAUUUGAAUUUUUAUAGGUGUUUAAUUGACAUGUUUCCUACAGUGGAUGGAAGAGCAACAAUUGAUUCAGAAGAAAAAUAUUCAUUUUUAGCUUUUCUUAAUAAUAUUCCAGAGAAAAAAGACAGGCUGAGACUGCUUGCUUCUUUGUUUUUACUUUCUAAGGGGGUAGAUGUUUCUUUAGAAAUAAAAACAGAUGAAGCUAAACAUGACGUGCUUGUUCUUAAAACAUUUGAAUAUGGCACUAAGAAUUACUUUAGUACCGAAUUGAAGCUAGGAAAAAAAAUUUACGUGGCCAAAAUGGAUGAAAAUGAACCAUGCUUGAUAGAUUAUAAACAUUAUUACAUGCAAACUAAAAAUAUAGUUGAUUUCUAUAAAGAAGUUAAAGAUAAAGAAUUAGAAAAUAGAUUCAAUCCUAUUACCGAUUUCAAUACUGCACGUGCUGUACGUAUGGCUAAAUUACUUAUACAAACAUAUAUAUUUGAGUAUAUAUCCAGUAAAGAAGAUAUGGAAGAAUAUCAUAUAACAACAUUUAAUAUACUAAAAGGUCAUGUUGAAGCAAUAAAAAAACAAGGAUACUUAACUACUACAGACAAGGCCGCUAUAGGUGUUUUUAAUAAUAUAUUCUGUCCUAUAGAUGAAGAAUUGUUAAAUAUAGAAGCAGGAAUCAUUAAAAAUAUAGAAAGUACUAAUAAUUAUGUGAGUGAAUAUGUGUUUAUUCCCUUUCAUAGAGAACUAUCCAUGCCAGAUAUUUUACGUACUUGCUAUAAAAAUAAUGAAUUGUCCCCAACUGGCAUGGCUUCUAGUUCUAGGAAUACAUCCAACCCAUCCAUGCAUUUCUCUCCUACUAACCUAGAAUAUCUUUCUGGUUUAGAAAAGUUUACUAUUGGGACAGAAACUAGCAUACUUACUCUACUUUGCUGUUGCUUCUAUAACAGCACAGAUAUGGAGUACACUCUUAAAACAAUUGAAAAUUCUCCCGUAGAAUUAAAGCAGUUCUUUACUAAGUACAGAGACCUAUUUGACACAGAAGAUUUAAGUGUUCACUAUGACUGGUAUAAGUUAAUUAAUACUUUGACACAUAAGAAUUCGUCAAAUUCUAGCCUUACCCACCAGCAUUGUAAUGGAGGCUUGCUAAGCAUGCUUUCUAUUAUUUUAGACAUAACUAAUAUGUCUAAAGAUAUAAAGAAAGAAUUAAAUAAGCUUAUUAAAAAAGUAAGAAAAGGAAAAAAUUUAAGCUCAAAACUGACGAAGGAUACUAAUAAUUUAGUUAAUAAAAUAUUGAUCUUGCUUUCAUUCAAUAAAAGAAUGAAAGUAUCGGCAGACACAGAUCUUAGAAUAGGCACACUUAAAAACCAUAAAUCUGAUAUAUUUGGGAAAUUGCAUAUAAGCAUCUACACUACUACUUCAAUUGUGAGAAAAUUAACUAUCAAUUUUAAUUUUGAUAAAACAACUGCUGAAUAUGUGGGUAUGCAUAUAUCUAAAGAAGACCCUGUGAUAAUGCAACCUGCUGCCAUCAAUUUAAAUGCAAGUCAACAGUACAUUAUAUACAAAAUAGAUAGAUUAAAUAUGAUAUAUAAAGAGAAACCGUCGCACCAUAUUACAUUUUUUAAUUCUAAUCUAUGUAGGGUUAAAGAAUUAAAUCUAAAUCAUCUAUUUACAUUCGGAAGAAUUAUAUAUACAUCCGAUAAAAAGCAGAUAGUAAAAUGUAUCUCGUCAUUUGAUUAUAAUAAUGGUGAUAGAAAUAACUAUUUCAUUGGUAGAAAUGCUAUUAUUAAUAUUGUAGGAAGUAUGAUAAAUUUCAAAACAAGCGCAAUAGAUAAAGUAUUUUGUGCUAUUGCUUCUGAUUGGGGGAUUGACUGCUUUAAUGAUAAUAUAAUAAUGGAUGAAAAAGUUUAUUCAAAAUUAAAACCUGGUACUAGAUUGUGAUGUUGAUUCAGAUAAAGAUUUAGAUAAAGGAGCAGAUGAUGAUUCUGAUAAUUCGGGUUAUUCA